GUUUUUGGCACAAUUUAAUAAAAAUAUUUAAUAGUUUUCUUCCCAGAAGAAGGCUUCAAUCAUGGUUUCGUAGUGCUUGUAGUUUAGCUCACGACUCAGUCCAUCUGUUUCCGCUCUGUCUCUCUGCGUGUUUUUGCGUGUAUAAGGGACAGUUGGAUUGCAAGCUCUUCAAAACUUUGAAGCUUUCCUUCAUUUUCUGAGCACAAGCUCCUUCUGCUUUAAUGGGUUUCUGAGAAGAUCGAGCAGAGAUCUGGAUACUCAGUGGCAUUUAGCAUAUUCUUUCCUUAGGGCAUAAAGACAUAUCAAUCUUAGUCCCUAAACAUCCCUAAACAUGGCGUCAAGAUCAUUCAGGGCUAGCCGAUCAUCUCUGUCAACAAGUUCUGAUGCGCCCGAUGGCCAGAAGCCUCCUCUACCUCCUACUGUAACAUUUGGUCGGAGAACCUCAUCUGGUCGAUACAUCAGUUACUCUAGGGAUGAUCUUGACAGUGAACUAGGUAGUAGUGAUUUCAUGAAUUAUACAGUGCAUAUACCGCCAACCCCGGAUAACCAACCUAUGGAUCCAUCAAUCUCACAGAAAGUUGAGGAGCAAUAUGUAUCAAACUCUCUUUUCACAGGUGGGUUCAAUAGUGUUACACGAGCCCAUCUAAUGGACAAAGUAAUAGAAUCUGAAGCAAACCACCCACAGAUGGCUGGUGCAAAAGGAUCUUCCUGUGCAAUUCCUGGUUGUGAUUCAAAGGUGAUGAGUGACGAACGUGGUGUUGAUAUUCUUCCUUGUGAGUGUGAUUUCAAGAUAUGUAGAGAUUGUUAUAUAGAUGCUGUAAGAACAGGAGGUGGAAUGUGCCCAGGAUGCAAGGAGCCAUAUAAAAACACAGAGUUAGAUGAAGUGGCUGUGGAGAAUACAAGGCCUCUUCCCCUUCCUCCGCCAAGUGGAAUGUCUAAAAUGGAGAGGAGAUUGUCCUUGAUGAAGUCAACUAAGUCAGCACUAAUGAGGAGCCAAACUGGAGACUUUGACCACAAUCGGUGGCUGUUUGAAACAAAGGGGACCUAUGGCUAUGGAAAUGCUAUAUGGCCAAAGGAAGGCGGACUUGGGAAUGGAAAAGAGGAUGAUGUUGCUGAGCCAACUGAAUUCAUGAACAGACCUUGGAGACCACUUACGAGGAAACUGAAAAUACCUGCUGCUGUUUUGAGCCCAUAUCGUCUUCUUAUUUUAAUUCGCAUGGCUGUUCUGGGCUUGUUCUUAGCAUGGAGGGUCAAUCAUCCAAAUAAUGAUGCAAUCUGGCUAUGGGGCAUGUCUGUUGUUUGUGAGAUAUGGUUUGCUUUUUCGUGGCUUCUGGAUCAACUGCCCAAGCUAUGCCCAGUUAAUCGUGCCACAGAUCUUAAUGUCUUGAAGGAAAAAUUUGAGGCACCCACCCCAAAUAAUCCAACUGGAAAGUCUGAUCUCCCAGGAAUAGAUGUCUUCGUUUCUACUGCUGAUCCUGACAAAGAGCCACCACUUGUCACUGCAAAUACCAUCUUGUCUAUUUUAGCUGCAGAUUAUCCUGUUGAGAAGCUUUCUUGUUAUGUGUCUGAUGAUGGAGGUGCACUUCUAACUUUUGAGGCCAUGGCUGAAGCUGCAAGUUUUGCCAAUAUAUGGGUACCCUUUUGUCGUAAGCAUGAUAUAGAGCCCAGGAAUCCUGAGUCGUAUUUCAAUUUGAAAAGAGAUCCUUAUAAGGAUAAAGUGCGGUCAGAUUUUGUCAAGGAUCGUAGACGGGUGAAGCGUGAAUAUGAUGAGUUCAAGGUCAGGAUCAAUAGUCUUCCUGACUCUAUCCGUCGCCGAUCAGAUGCCUAUCAUGCAAGAGAGGAAAUCAAGGCCAUGAAACUUCAAAGACAAAAUAGGGAAGAUGAACCUGUUGAAAGUGUGAAGAUUCCAAAAGCAACUUGGAUGGCUGAUGGAACUCAUUGGCCUGGGACUUGGUUAAAUUCUGCACCUGAGCACUCUAGGGGUGAUCAUGCUGGUAUAAUACAGGUGAUGUUGAAACCUCCCAGUGAUGACCCUCUUCUUGGAAAUGCUGAUGAUACAAAGCUCAUUGACUUGACUGAUGUUGAUAUCCGUUUGCCCCUUCUUGUUUAUGUUUCCCGUGAGAAGCGUCCAGGUUAUGAUCACAACAAAAAAGCAGGGGCUAUGAAUGCCUUGGUUCGAGCAUCAGCUAUAAUGUCAAAUGGCCCCUUUAUACUCAAUCUUGACUGUGAUCAUUAUAUCUACAACUCAAAGGCAAUGAGGGAAGGUAUGUGCUUCAUGAUGGAUCGUGGAGGUGAUCGCAUUUGUUAUGUCCAGUUCCCACAGAGGUUUGAGGGGAUUGAUCCCUCUGAUCGAUAUGCUAAUCAUAACACAGUUUUCUUUGAUGUCAAUAUGAGAGCUCUAGAUGGACUUCAAGGUCCAGUCUAUGUGGGAACUGGGUGUCUUUUUAGACGAGUUGCCCUUUAUGGUUUUGACCCACCUCGUGCAAAAGAAAACCACCCAGGUUGUUGUAGCUGCUGCUUUGGACGUCGCAAGAAGCAUUCCUCGAUGGCAAACAACAAUGAAGAGAAUCGGGCAUUAAGGAUGGGUGAUUCUGAUGAUGAAGAGAUGGAUCUUUCAACAUUCCCUAAAAAAUUUGGAAACUCAACUUUCCUCAUCGACUCUAUUCCAGUUGCAGAGUUCCAAGGCCGGCCUCUUGCUGAUCACCCUGCUGUGAAAAAUGGCCGCCCACCUGGUGCUCUCACCAUUCCCCGUGAUCUUCUUGAUGCAUCAACAGUGGCAGAGGCCAUCAGUGUUAUCUCAUGUUGGUAUGAGGACAAAACUGAGUGGGGAAACCGUGUUGGAUGGAUCUAUGGUUCUGUUACUGAAGAUGUGGUUACUGGAUAUAGGAUGCACAAUAGGGGAUGGAAAUCUGUAUAUUGUGUGACCAAGCGUGAUGCCUUCCGUGGAACUGCUCCAAUCAAUCUCACAGACAGGUUGCAUCAGGUGCUUCGAUGGGCUACUGGCUCUGUUGAGAUAUUCUUCUCUCGAAACAAUGCCCUUCUGGCUAGCCCAAGAAUGAAGCUUCUUCAACGAAUUGCAUACCUUAAUGUCGGCAUUUACCCAUUCACUUCCAUAUUUCUCAUUGUUUAUUGUUUCCUUCCUGCACUUUCCCUCUUCUCGGGCCAGUUCAUUGUUCAGACGCUCAAUGUUACAUUCCUUGCUUAUCUCUUGACCAUCACUGUGACUUUGUGCGUGCUUGCUAUCCUUGAGAUUAAGUGGUCAGGUAUUGAGCUCGAAGAAUGGUGGAGAAACGAGCAGUUUUGGUUGAUUGGAGGCACUAGUGCCCAUCUUGCUGCUGUGCUCCAAGGUUUGCUGAAGGUCAUAGCAGGGAUCGAAAUCUCCUUCACAUUGACUUCAAAAUCUGGAGGUGAUGAUGUUGAUGAUGAGUAUGCUGAUCUCUACAUUGUGAAAUGGACAUCCUUGAUGAUACCACCCAUCACAAUCAUGAUGGUCAACUUAAUAGCGAUAGCAGUUGGGGUUAGCCGAACAAUAUACAGCGUCAUACCGCAGUGGAGCCGUCUGCUGGGUGGCGUCUUCUUCAGUUUCUGGGUCUUAGCUCAUCUGUAUCCAUUUGCAAAAGGUUUGAUGGGAAGAAGAGGAAGGACGCCGACCAUUGUUUUUGUAUGGUCAGGGCUGAUAGCAAUCACUAUAUCUCUCUUAUGGGUUGCAAUCAAUCCUCCUGCUGGUUCUACCCAAAUUGGUGGAUCGUUUCAGUUUCCGUAAUAGAUCAUUCUUUUUUCCCCCCCUUCUCCUUAAUGUUGAAUCUGUCCUGAAAAUUUCUUAUUUUACCAUUCUUUUCUUCUUUUUUACUUUAAGUACUGUGCUCAUGAAUUUUGUUUAUCAGUUAUUUAUGUAAUGAGUAAAGAUUAAUGGCAACUGAGACUUCUGGCCAAGGCUUUUAUGGCUACUAA